UGUGUUUGAAAGAGAGCGUAUGAACCUUAUAAACUGAAGUUAGUGGAUUGGUUCCAACUGGAAUGUAAAUGUGGCCUCUGGAAUGGUUGAGACUAUAUAUAGUCUGUCCACACUGACAUUUGCACAUGAGAUGCACACAAGGCGGUAAAAUACUGAUUGAGGGCUGAAAUGUUUUUUAUCCACAUGUAAGCAGAGCCCACAACAAAGCCACUGGGAAUCAUCUUCCAUCUCUUUCAUUUCCUGUGGAAAGGGAAAUUGCCUCAGAGGCAGCUGAUAGCUUACUGCUCACCAGAGUAAUGUUAUCUCCUUUCAGCUCGCUUUCAUUAAAAAAAUAAAACGAUGGCUUAUUCUGUGCUCUGAAAAAACAUCCACUCAUUUAGCAAAACCCGUAAACAAUAUGCAUCAGUCCGAUAGCAUUUUCUACAUUGAUGUCCUUUUAGUAUCAAUGUAUUCAUUAAUGAUAAUAAGGACAUUUCAUACUUAACCAAGUUAUAGCUCUAUUCCCACUAUAGGCUAAUUCAUACAUGGCUUCUUUGAGUUCACCUAAAAAUUUAAGUUUUUCUGCUUAGGUGAUAUUUUUGCACAUGUAGGAGUUAAAGGAACAGUAUGUAAGAAAUUUAUAUCAAUUAAUCAUAAAAUGGCCCUGAUAUGUCACUAGACAUUAAGAAAUCAUUUUCAUUUCAAAUACUUAAAUCCUGGCCAGGAUAUUGUCAUUUAAAAAGUGGAGUUGCAGCCCUCAACUGAUGUUUAUGCUGUCAUUUUGUGUAUUGGCCACCAGUUGUGUGAUUGCAGUACCAGUUUUAGCCACAAGCUUUGUGAUUGCAAUACCAGUUUUGGCCAUAAUCCUACAUACUGUUCCUUUAAAUUUAUUAAAUAUCUCUGACACCUAUUUAAGACUUGACAGUCUAUUAAAGGGGCCAUGACAUGAAAAUCUGACUAUUUCCAUGUUUAAGUGCUAUGAUUGGGUCUCCAGUGCUUCUAUCAACCUAGAAAAUGUGAAAAAGAUCAACCAAGUAACUUAGUUUUGGUAAGCCAUUCUCUACAAGCACAUGAGAAAAUAGGUCGUUGAAAUUUGGCUCUCCUUAUGAUGUCAUAAGGAGCUCUUAUUAUAAUAAUACUGCCCCUUAAUCUGCACUAUCCAAUCACAGCACUGCCAUUUAGUGCAAAGAAAAAGAGAGAGAGAAAAUAAUUCACAGCACAAUUGAGUUUCAAUUGCAACAAACGGCUCAUUUGCAUUUAAAAGUACACACCCAAAACGGCACAUUUUUGCACACACCUACAAAGUGCCAAUUUUAACAUGCUAUAAUAAAUGAUCUGUGGGGUAUUUUGAGCUUAAACUUCAAAUAUGUGCUCUGGGGACACCAAAGGUUUAUUUGACAUCUUAAAAAAGUCUUGUGAAAUGUCCCCUUUAAAGUAUGGAGAAGCUGAAUCGAGUGUUUUAUUUAGAGAAACCCCUAAAUCUCUUCUUGUUUAACACUUCUUGAGUUCAUCUGGGACAAAAGCUUUAGUUUUUAUAUUGUCUUAUUGCCUUGCUUUCUAUAAUAAACGUGCGAUUUUAACUAAAUCCCCUAAAUCUCUAAAAUGCACAUUACAGGUGUUUUUCGGUCUUACAGAAAUACUAGGUGUGAUUUACCAUUAUGUUGAUCUCUUUCAUCAUCUCUCGGCUGCGAAAUUAAAACCGAAUUUCUUGAAAUCAAAAUUGUUUUCCUCUUGAUUUCUUAUCUCCAAGAGGUAAGAUGAUGCGGCGUGCUUAUCCAUUUUCAUCAGGUGUUGGGUAUGUCAGCAUUUCAUAAUGCAGGCACCGGACCCUCUAAAGCUAAUAAGAGCAAUCGCCCAAGACGUGAGAGAGCCGCGCUUAUCAACGUCAUUCGCCACGGUAUAUAAUCCCAGCUUUGGUACUGACAGGGAAGACGUGUCAGGGACGGUGAGCUUCAUGACUUCAGAGGGAGAGCUGCAAGAAAAUCUUCAGAGUUAACCCUAUAAAAUGCAGGGAAAGAAGACGUCUCAAGAGACAGUAACUAUGUCCUCUGAACUUCACCCUAAUCCAAAGGGGCCACAGGCACCCCCUAAAUCGCCUGUUGGUCUUAUAAGGAAAAGGGGUCAAGAAGCAAUGCCAAAGAUGCAACCUUCCAUGAUGAUGUUUUCCAGCAAAUACUGGGCUCGGCGAGGGAUGUCUUUGGAUUCGGCAAUGUUUGAUCCGCAGCACCUUGGAGCAUCCAUGCUCCGGAGAACAUCCUUUAAUCGGAUAGACGAGAGACCUGUCAAAGAAGAACAGAAAUCCAGCCUUGACCCUGGGAAAUUAGCAGUGAUUUUCUCUCUCAAGAAUGAAGUGGGCUGUCUGGUAAAAGCCUUGAGACUCUUUCAGGAAAAGCAUGUGAAUUUGGCCCACAUUGAGUCUCGCAGGUCCAAAAAGAUAUCAAGUGAAGUGGAGAUAUAUGCAGAGUGCAGUUGUACAAAAAAGGAGUUUAAUGAGCUUGUGCAGCACCUAAAAGAUCACGUCAACAUCGUCUCGUAUAACACACCUCAAAAAGUGUGGUCUUCAGAGACUCUUGAUUGUUUGGACUGCGUGUGUGUUUUGGGUGGGUUGCCGGAUGCGGAUGGCAUACCCUGGUUUCCUCAUAAGAUCGCAGAGCUGGACCAGUGUUCACAUAGAGUACUGAUGUAUGGAUCAGAAUUGGACGCCGAUCAUCCGGGCUUUAAAGACAAGGUGUACCGACAGAGGAGGAAGUAUUUUGUGGAGGUUGCCAUGAACUAUAAAUUCGGGCAGCCUAUCCCGCGUAUUGAGUACACAUCCGAGGAGGUGAGGACGUGGGGUGUGGUGUUCAGAGAGCUGACUAAACUCUAUCCUACGCACGCCUGCCGCGAAUAUUUGAAAAACCUCCCUUUGCUCAUAAAGCAUUGUGGGUACAGAGAGGACAACAUCCCACAGCUGGAAGACGUUUCUAUGUUCUUGAGAGAGAGGUCAGGGUUCACCGUACGACCUGUAGCCGGGUAUCUGUCACCGCGUGAUUUCCUGGCCGGUCUGGCUUACCGGGUCUUUAACUGCACUCAGUAUAUACGUCAUAGCACAGACCCUUUAUACACACCAGAACCGGACACCUGCCAUGAACUGCUCGGUCAUGUACCACUCCUGGCAGAUCCCAAGUUUGCUCAGUUUUCACAGGAGAUUGGCCUUGCAUCUCUUGGGGCUUCCGACGAGGACGUACAAAAACUGGCAACUUGCUAUUUCUUCACAAUUGAGUUUGGAUUGUGCAAACAGGAUGGUCAGUUAAGAGCUUACGGAGCAGGUCUGCUGUCUUCGAUUGGAGAGUUAAGGCAUGCAUUAUCUGACAAAGCCACAGUGAAGGUGUUUGAUCCUAAAACAACGUGCUUUCAGGAAUGUCUCAUUACAACUUUUCAAGAUGUUUAUUUUGUCUCUGAGAGUUUUGAAGAGGCAAAGGAGAAAAUGAGGGAUUUUGCUAAAUCGAUAAAGAGGCCGUUUUCAGUCUACUACAAUCCGUACACCCAAAGCAUUGAUUUACUAAAGGACACCAGGAGCAUCGAGAACGUGGUGCAAGAUCUACGCAGCGACCUCACCACCGUCUGUGACGCUCUGGGAAAAAUGAACACGUACCUCGGCAUCUGAGCCAAUCGAAUUCAUCCACGAUUAAGCUUGGUAUGCGUUAUAACUGCAACUUUGGUUUGCAGUAGAAUAUGACUGAAUACAAGUCACAUUAAGUAAAUGCUGCUACAGCUUUUCUUGGCUAAAUUUAUUAUUAUUGUCUUAUUAUCAGGAUAAACACUAAAUAAAGUGUAACACAAAUACUGCAACCAAAAUCUUCAUUCGGCACUCUGUCAUAAUCAAUUAAUUACAUCAUACUAACAUAAUUGUAUUAACACAACUGUUGUUUCACAAAGAUCCUUAAGGAAAACAGAUUAUUUAGUAUUGUUCAAGUCUUUGCUGGUUAUCAAACAUUGCCUAUUUGUGCCUCCUUUAACAAGUGUACUGUUGUGCUUAAGACUUAAAUGAAAAAGUGUUUUUUAAAUGAUUGUUGCAGCAUGUAGCAAAUAAAAUUAGAUGACAUGUAUUGAAGAAAAAAUAAAUCUAUGUAGAAAUUGUGAGCACUGCUCUGAUUUAAAUGCUGUAUUGUAUUUGUAAGUCUGCUGGUGCUGUAUUUGUUGCAAACUUUAUUUAAUAAAGCAUUAUAUUUUA